AGCAAGUGGGAGCGCUAGAUUCUGGGCAAAUUAACUGUGUUUUUUUUGUGUGUCGUGUCGCGUCGUGGUUGAUUCCUUUGAGGUCAAAGUGCUUUACAAUACGCGCAGACCGCGGCAGAGAGGCAGGCGAAGGCUGCUGCCCCAAAAAUUGUACAUUCGAGUGCUGCGUAGAUGAUCAUUUCGUGACGUCAAACGGGAAAUACAGACAACAGUGCCGACUCUUUCUCUUUGUGUUUGCAAAGAAGAUGUUGCAUUAAGCGCGCUUGAAACUAUGCAAAUAGCAAAUAAGUGACACACAUAGAACAAAAAGGGCAACAUGCUGCUGGAAAGGUCAACCGCAGACCAGGAAAAGAUGCUGCCACAACCGCAUGCAGCAAUCAAACGAAAGCCCGAACAGGAACAGGAGCUGCAACCUAAGCUGCACAAGAGAUCCUUCGAUCCGCACAGCCCGAUCAACUACAGCAAUAGAAAACAGGCGAAAAUGUAUUCUAAUCCCAAUACGCAGCAGAUUUUGGUCCAGAUCAGACCCUCCAUAAGUGUAGCAACGACACCCCCAACGACGUUUCCCAGCCCAAAACCAACAACGACAACAGCAUAUGAGAAGAUGCAACAGCAGUUUAAUCCAAAUAAUAACAAUAGUAACAACAACAAUUCCAAUAAUGGCCACACCACUGGCAAUGCUGGUGGCAACAAUUACAACAACGGAUACAACAACAACAACAACGGCGGCAAACGCUGCCCUGGAAAGUAUUCCAAUAACAAUUCCAACAACGGCAAUAUGUCUGGAUACCAAAACAUCAACAACAACACUAAUAACAACAAAAAUGGUUCCCGCAAGAAUCGGUACAACAACAACAACAGCAACAACCAGAAUCAGAAUCAUACCCAAAAACAGCGUCACUUCUAUGGCAAUUCGAAAAAGCGAAUCGAUGGAGCAGGCGACGAGUUGGGUACCACUGGGAAUGUGGAAUCGCAGCCCCAAUCCUGGCGCAAUUACGGCGGACACCAUCUGGUGAAUUCUUCAUGCAUCGAAGACAAAUUCCUGGGCAAGCACAAUCCGGCCCACCGCAACAGCACCAGCAGUGAGACAGCUAGCGAGGACAUCUGCUCCAGCCGCGAGCAGAUCCACAAGCCCAAGGGCGGCCACAGCAAUGCCCCAAACGGUGGCAGCAAUAGCAACAAGUCGCACUCGAAGCGCCAGCAGAAGCAGCAGCAGCAGCAGGACCAGCAGCAGACCCAGAAUGGACACGGCAAGGCAGCAGCCGCUGCAGGUGCAGCUGGGUUCCACAAGGCCAAGCAGCAGGCAGGUGGAAAGUGGCGCCAGCAGCAGCAGCAGCAGCAGCCCCAGCAGCAGUCGCAACAGUUGCAAAACAGCAAGUGGGGCAACAACAGCAACAGCAACGGUGGUGGUGGCAGGAACAACUGCCACAGCAACAUGAGCAAAUCGAACGGCAACAACAAUCGCAAUGUGGCCAAGAACCUGGCCAAUUCCUGUGGCAGCAGCAGCUUCUCGUCCUCCUCGUCGGCCCUAAGCUCCUCUGCUGGCAGCUCGCCGAACAGCUCCCCGUACGCCAAUGGCAACCGCAAGCAAGGUGGCAGUGGCGGCGAUCAGUGGCGCCACUGCAAGAAUAUCCUGCAGCAGGGCAAGGUGAACGUGAACUUCCUGGUGCCGCCGCUGCGCCAGCGCGAGCAAUUGAAAAUGGACGACGAGGAGGUGAUCAAGCGCCUGCGCCCCCAUUUGGUUGACCGCCACCUGCUGCGGGUGUACGGCUUCCCCGUCGACAGCGUGGUGCACGAGGGCGCCGUCGAGAUCUUCAAGUGCAUGCCGAACAUGAAUAUGGCCGCCGCUCGCGUGAUGUCCCUGACUCUGGAGCGGGAAAUGCUGUACCGCGAACAGGGGCCGCCACCCGUUAUCAACUACGAUGACGGCCUGCCGACGGAGGAGUCCCAACGAGCAGCUUCCGCCCUACAGAUGGGCAUAGGGACUGGGGCCAACCAAACCUUCACAUUUUCGACAGACUCCGGCAACAGUUCGCCGAGCUCCCUGGACUCCGAGUCCGGCGAGUGGAGCGGCAGCGAGUCCUCCGAGUCGUCUGCGGGAGCUAGCAGGCCGGAGAUGCAGUACUAUCAGUACGCCAACAGUGUCCACGCCCAUGUGGACCGCAGCCUGGCGAAGCCAUGCGCCCGCUGCAAGCGCCACUUCCUGGUCGAUGAGAUGACCGGCGAGUAUCUGACGCGCGAGGAGUGCGUCUACCACGAGGGCAAGUACAAUCGCUUCUACGACGGUACCUACAUUGGUCGCUGGACCUGCUGCAAUGCCACCGACGAGGCAGCCGAGGGCUGCGUCCAGGGCGAGCUCCAUGUGUGGACUGGCUCUGCGGUGGGCGUCAACGGACCCUACUACGACUACGUGCGCACCCAACCAGCCCCGGGGCGCUACAACAUGGGGCACACACCCUCCGUGUAUGCCCUCGACUGCGAGAUGAGCUACACGGGCCGUGGCCUCGAUGUGACCAAAGUAUCGCUGGUGGCCCUCAACGGGCAGCUGGUGUACGAGCACUUUGUGCGCCCCGACUGCGACAUCAUUGACUACAACACACGCUACUCCGGCAUCACGGAGCAGGAUCUCCGCUCGGACAGUGUCAAGACCCUCGCCGAGGUGCAGCGCGACCUGCUGCAGCUGAUCAACGACGACACCAUUCUGAUCGGCCAUGCCCUGGACAACGAUCUGCGCGCCUUGCGCAUCGUCCACCACACACUGAUCGACACCUCGAUCACGUUUCCCCACGGCAGCGGAUUUCCCUUCCGCCGGGCCCUGCGCCUCCUCACCAAGUUCCAUCUGCACCGCGAGAUCCAGUGCGGUGAGGGGACGACGGGACACAGCAGCUUCGAGGAUUCGCGCGCCUGCAUGGACCUCAUGCUAUGGCGUGUGCGUCGCGAGCUGGACCCCACAUGGCGCUGGCAGGGAUAGGUUCCAGGUUCGAGGAACGAGGAGCGAACAUGCGCACAUUGGGGACGAGUGCACAUGCAUAUUGUUGGGCGGGUUGUUUUAGUUACAUAUAGUUAUUAUAAUAUUGGGAUGGGUUUCUGGGCUGGGGCUUAGGCCCUGCGGUGGCUCCACGGGGGACGGGGCCCACCGCUUAGAUGUAUUGUAUUCAAAUCUCAGAAGUGUUUUCGAAACACGGCAGCGAACGGCAGCUGCCGCCGACGCUGACAGCAUUGCCGACGAAAUGUUUCACAAAUCAAAUUCAAACAAAUGAUCGACACAAAACGUUGUUGCAUAAAAUAAAGGCAAAAAACUAUAUUUUAUUUGCUAUAAAGAGAAGGAUAGAACUUUAAUCAACACAUGUGUAUAAACACAUAUUGUUUUUUUUUUUCUAUUAUUUAAUUCUUUUUUUCGAACCACAAGAAAAUGUACUGAAGUUUUAGCUGUGAUGUUUUUUUUCACUUUCUCACAUAUUUACACGA